AAAAUCAACAUGACCGGACGCGGUAAAGGAGGAAAAGGUCUUGGAAAAGGAGGAGCCAAACGUCAUCGUAAAGUGCUCCGCGAUAACAUCCAGGGAAUCACCAAGCCCGCCAUUCGUCGGUUAGCUCGUCGUGGUGGAGUAAAACGUAUCUCCGGUUUGAUAUACGAAGAAACCCGUGGAGUGUUGAAAGUGUUUCUGGAAAACGUAAUCCGUGAUGCCGUAACAUACACCGAGCACGCUAAAAGGAAGACCGUCACCGCCAUGGACGUCGUGUACGCCCUCAAACGUCAAGGUCGUACCCUGUACGGUUUUGGAGGUUAAAUAAACACAACUCUCAUUUUGUUACCAUUAAAAAGGCCCUUUUCAGGGCCACCAAUUUCAACUGAUAUCGUGACAUAUUAUUGCAUUCACUAAUCUUAUUUUCGAUAUGACU